AUGAAUACCUCAAGUAAUCUUCGUUCUAACCGUCAAAAAGGUCUACCAAACAUUCCUUUUCAAUAUCAUGAGGCUUAUGAUGAUCGAUAUAGAACAGCUGGUCGAGAUACUUAUAUCGUAAAUGAUGAAUAUAUAGAGAAUGAACAACCUGAAAUGCCAUCACCUAUUCCUGAAAGAAAUACAUUUCUUAUUGAUGAACGUUCUGAUAAUGAUGAAUAUGAAGAAUCUAAUCCUGAAUCUUUUAUUUCUUCUCCAAAUAAUGAUCGUCCUCUUUCACCACCACUUUCUCCUAAAACAAAUAGUUAUUAUUUAGAUAAUAAUGAAAUUUCAAAAACUUCUUCAAUGUCUCCUACUAUUAAUAGUAAUAUUAUUGAAAAACCAUUACCUCUUGAUUAUCAAUCUCAACAAAAAAGAAAAAAUUAUUUUAAUCUUGGCAAAACUCUUACUUCUCGUUUUAAAUUUAAAAAACCUAAUAAUGUUAAAGAUAUUCAAAAUAGAUCUUUAUCUGAUCCUACUCCUGAAAAGUCUCAAUCUUUACUUAGUUCACUUCCUACUUUAGCUCCUUCUUCUCCAAUUUCUCAUCAACUUCCUGCUGAAUAUUUUCCUGAUGAUUUUGAUAAAAAUGAUGAAACAAAGUCUGUUGAACAGGCUACUCAUGAAUUAACUAUUGAUGAUCUUUAUCACUUUGUUCUUAAUAUACAAAAAGGUUUUCAAUUACAAUUUAAUGAUAUGAAUUCUCAAAUUAAAGAAUUAAAGAAAGAAAUUAGAAAAUUAAAAGGUGAAGAAUCUGAAGAUGAAACUCAAAAAGAGGAAACUCAGGAAGAAGUUGUUAAUAAUGCUACAAAUGUUCGAACUGUUACCAGGCAAAUGGAAAGAUAUGGAGGUGCUGGAAGAUGGUUUCAUAACGAUAAUAACGAUUAUAUAUAA